AACCUGGACCUAUCAGUGCCGGUCCAAGCCUCGCUCCAGCCAAUCAUCGUUUGGGCUCCAGUUCAAAGUGCUUUUCACUUAUGUAGACUAAUGUUUAUGGUAUAUGUGUUGUUUUUGUAUAGUUAGUUGCCAUAAAAAAAAUUACAGUUCUGAACUGUUAAAGUGACAGAUGCCAAAAUAUUAUAUCGUAAUGCCUCACACAGUACGGCCAUUUUUGCUACAAUAAAACCACAUUUUAGGAAAUACAGUAAAAUACCGCCAGCUGUUGUUGCCAUGAUUUUACCGUAUUUCAGCCAAUACUGUAAAAUAAUAGCAGUUUUGUCUGCAAGUAUUUUACCAUAGUUUUGCAAAUAUGGUAAUUUUACCAUAUUUGCAAAACUGUGGUAAAAUAUGGUAAAAUACUAGUAUUUACUAGCAUUUUACCAUAUUUGCAAUUUUACUGUAUUUUAGCAAAUGUAGUAAAAUACUGGCAGUUUUAUUGCCAGAAUUUUGCCAUAUAAAGACGGUAAAGUUCUGACAACCACAGCUGCCAGUAUUUUACCUUAAAUCAUAGCAGGUUUUUUUUACAGUGUGGCAACCAUAGCUUGUGGUAUUUUACCGUAUUUUUACUGAAUACGGUAUUUCCAUAUUUUAUUAAAUAUGGUAAAAUACUGGGAGUUGUGGUUGCCAGGACUUUACUAUAUUUAUACAGUAAAAUUCUGGCAACCACAGUUGUUGGUAUAGAUGAUUAGAGACGUUUUUUUGUUUGUUUUUUUACAGUGUAGAGAUGAGAUCACAGAAAUAUAAAAUGGAAACAGAAAGAGGCUAGAGAAAUAAGUAGGGUGAAAAUACUGAGGAAAAUGGAGAAAGUUAUCUGUAAAUAAAUAAAUUUUGUAAAAAUGUAUUUACACAAAAAAUGUAUAGAAGGGUAAUAAGUAAGGGAGCGACUCAAGUGUAGGGAAAAAGUGAAGCUGUCAUAAUUGGUGCUGGUGCUGGUGGCUCAUGACAGAAGCAGACAAAAGGAAGUUGCAAAAAUACAACAAAAAUCUGUAGAAAAUAUAAUUGAUAAAGCUUUGGUCACAUAAGUUCUUUAUGCCAACAAAUGUAAUUUUAAUUUUGAAUUUGGUGGUCUAUUGCUUUGAUAAUACCAAUUUUUUAAGCCAAGGUUAUAUUUCUGUUUUUCUUGACUUUGGCAGUUCCUACAGCCUUCCAUGUAACAUAAAUCGUAGUUGAGGGAGGGCUAAAAUGUUUUAUUUCUACAUCCUACUUGUUGAAAAAGUUAACUGGAGGGUGGUAAUGCGGGAUGUAGUGCAUCGGUGAGAGAGAAAACGAGGACAGAGAGAGAUACAAUAGCCUGUCAAUAGAGAUUGAUCUUUUCUGCUCUAAUUCACCUGCAGUGGAAGAGCAUACGUCGAUACAUCCUCUCUCUCUGUUCUCUCUGUACCUAUCUCCAUCUCGCAUAAACACGCGUCGUGGCCGUGAGUUUCAUAUGCGUUCCACCUCGCGCCAGCGAGUGACCGCCUGGCUACUCGCGCUGCCGUUGGGAAGAGGGAGAAACGAAUGCGCGCGCCGUGGCCGUCUGGAAAUGAUUUCGUUUUGGCUGCUUUGCUGGAAGCUGCUGAGAGCCACAACUGGGUUUAAAAGGACAAUACCUGAACUGACAGACAGAAACCACGACAACAACCCCUCCUCCAACAACAAUCUUGCCGGUGACUUUUCUACGCUUGCAUACCCACAGAAUUUGGUUGCCAUGGAGAUUAGUCCCUCAUGUACAGCAACAGACCUAGAGACAGAUAUCUGUUUUAGCUGUGGCAAUCAGGAGUCACAGGAACUCCCAGACCCAAAGGUUCCAAAGGUGGAAGCAGUGGCAGAAAACAGAAAUGAGAAAAGAGAUGAAUGUGACUACCUUUAUUUUAAAACUGAAGAGGAGAAGGGAAUGGAAGUACAGUAUGACAGUGAACGAGAGGAUGAAGAAAAUGGUGGGAGAGUAGAAACUGAAGAAGUUGAAAGAAGAGGGGAAUUGGAAGAACAGGAUAAUGGAAGAGUAGACCUAGAAGGAGAUAUUCAACAAGGAAGAAACAUAGUUGAGCACAGAGGGAGAGUAGAUGGGAAAGAUACAAAAAAAGAAGAUUCAGAAAAUUAUAAUCUGGGGAAAAGAGAAAUAGAAGGGACGGAUGAAGGUAGAGAAGGCACGGAUAAAGUAAAUAUAUGGAUAACAGGAAUUCUGGGAGAAAUUAAGCAAGAUGCUUCAUCAGAUCAGUUUUUCGUUAACGAAAAUCCACAAAGUUUAUUGUCUGAGCCCUCAGUUAUUACUUCAGAUCCACCAGAAUCCACACUAAAGGAGGCCUGGAAACACGACUUAGACAACAGAGAUGAUCUCAGUGAAAGCCACCUCAGUGACUCCCUCAAAGCAAAGCUGGCUGUUGUGUACUCAGACAGUGAUUUUGGGGAGGACCAAUGGCUAGCCUUAGCUUGCAGCGAUGAGACUGACCAUUCGCAAGAAAACAGAGAUUAUGCUGAUGACACAUGCAUUGCACAGAGCAUGAAGGAUGAUGAAGUGGAAGAAGUACAAACUGAAGUGCUGAAGUUGGAAGAAAGAGUGGUGGAUAAGCAAAAUGAGAAGAAGAGUAAAGUCAUGGAGAACAGUGAAGAACAGAUGAAGUCAAGAAGAGAUUUUGUCCUGCACUCUCCUUCGGUGACCUCCACAGCCAGCUCAACCGACCCUGAUAGGAGGAUUCCUCUAGAUUUCUAUGUGCAACAGGAGACCCUCAGUGAGAAUGUCUCUACUGAGCAUGUGGACUUUUUGGUUGCUCGCCAGCAGUGGAAGAAGAUGGAGGAGGAGGUCAAAGGUCUGCCUAGCCCCAAACCAGGACUGGGAGCUAAGAGGAGCUUCAAAGGCACUCAUUCUUCUUUGUACCCCCCAACUCGAAGUCCCCGUCUCAAACACAGGGAAAUUCAACCCCCCAUGUCCAAAGAACCUUCUCUGUCCUUCACCCUGUCCCCCGGUUCUGAGGACUCAGUCUUGGAUGACUCUUCGUUUCGCAGCGCUCUGGAGGAAACGGAAAAUUCUGUGGAGAGGGAGAUCCAACUGACAUUAGAAAGAGAAGAACAGCACCGAAGGGAGAGGGGAAUGAUUGCUCAGGACCUGACGGUACCCAGUCUAUACACCCUAAGAACAGAAGGCUCUAUGCCCAGACCUCCAGUCUUCCAAACCCCUCCUCUGUCCAUCUCUCCAUCCCCCUCCUGCUCCUCCUCUCUCCCCCGAUCAAUGUAUCAUGAAAUGACAGCCAAAAACGUCAUCAUUCUUGAACCCGACUCCUCUGGCUCCAGCUCCAGGAACUACCUGCUCUCCUCUGCCAUCAGUGGCCUCUCAGAUUGGUCUCCCAGUCUUGAUGUGGCACCCUCAGAAAACGUCAUUGUGGUGGAGACCUCCAAUUUGAUCAUUCGCAGUGUUUCUGAAUUUUGCCUGAGCACUGGCCCUCCGCCUGUAGAGACACAAGAGAGUACUUUCUCUUCUAAUCCAUUCUUCAAGUUGCGUUCCAUCAGCAGUCAUUCUCUAGUGGAGCAAGAGAUCAAGAUGGUGAGGCAGAGAGAAAAGGAGUGGAGGAGACAAAGGGAGGAACUGUGGCUAAGAAAACAAGAGGAAGCGUGGAGGACAGGAAGAGAGAGGUAUGACACUGUCCUGGUGUCACCAAGCCUAAAAGAAAACAUCACUUUCAGUGUGCCAGUGGUUCCAGACAGAUCUGUUUCCUCCCCAUCAUCGCCUUCCAGACCUCGGAAAAUGGAACGCUCUAGUUUGUCUUGUGACCACAAGCUGAAUUUCCCCCUCCUUCCAGUUCCCCCUUUCCCUGUUUUCAGUUCCACGUCGUCAGAACAUCAUGACACAGCAGUGGGAGGCCUCGCUCUUAGCCAAUCAGAAGAAGGAGUAAGUAGAAAGAGUUUUUAACUGUUGGCUUUUUUAAAGCCAUGAUGGAAUCCUACAUUGUUUUUCUUUGUUGCACCCAUUAGGGCAAAAUAAUCUUAUCUGCCAUCGGCAAAUUUUGAUUUCAGUAUUUGUCAAAUGCCAAUAUUUGUUAAAACCCAAUAUGAGUAACAUGUCUGUUUGUUGCUAAAAAGCACAAGGUCAGAGGAAUGUAUGGUGGAUUCCAGUAAGAUUUGUUUCAAAGAAUAAGGAAAAUGUACUUGUUUUUGCUUUCCCUGAAGACUGUUUAGAAAGUGUUUGUAACAUUGUGUUUUACUGGAUGAUGUAUGACAUACUGUUCAGUUCUUUUUCUUUUUGACAUUCUGGCCUGUUCAGAUCUCAAAGAUUUCCACCUAUUAAUCUAUUUCCUACCUAUUAUUUGGUGCCUAUGAUGCACCAAAAAACAUUUAAUUUGGCUACUCUUUGGUUAUUGCCUAGAAAUGUGUAAAAAUAAAUAAAUCACAGCAAUUAUGUAAACUGUGCAAAAUUUCUGCUAAUGUGUAGAUUUAUUAAAACAUUAAUGUCAUUGAAAGAAUUUGAAAUUGUACCAAGAUCAUACAUGUGGCUUAAAAAUAAAAUGGUGUUUUAGAACUAAA